AUGACUGACAGCCCAGAUCCAGAGUUCCCAACGGAAAAUACACCACCACUGCACUCUAUCUUGGAUCGAUAUUGCUCACGAAUUUCGCCUGCCGAAAUUCAUCCAGGCUCGCCCCCCACGCCUGAAGAAGCCGCCAAGCGAGUCUACAAAAUAGAAGAUGGUGAAUUACCUCCCAAUUUUCCUAGAGGAUCCAAGAAGAACUUUUUCGCCGACACCACCUACUUGUCCUUUGGGAAUGAGGGGACGACAGCCACGAUUACGGAGAAUGGUCAGCACAUGCAGAUCAGCCAGUAUCUUGCUAAUGGACAAUCCUCCAUGUACACAAUUGAUCUUGAUGGAACUUGCGAGCCUGCCUUGGGCACGCAACGUCGUUCGGACCUUCUAGAAAUGUCUGAAUACCAAUACGGCUUUGGUGCAGAUAUCAACAUAGACUUUGACUCGGUUUCUAUUGAAAUGACCACAGGCUGGCUUCGCAACCGAUGGCCUCGAGUCCUCUUUGAAGAGAAAAAAAAAUGGAAGCUAGUGCAGCAGUGGGUUGUUUGGCGCGGAGUUGUCAUCCAACAACUGGUGCUACACAACCUACAAGACAAGGACUUGGAAGUUGAGUGUGUUAUCAAGACGGGUAUUCUGAUACGGGAUGCGGAUUUUGUUAACAUAACACGUGAGUUCAACAAAGAAGAAACUGACAAUUAUGAAGAGGGAAAUGCUGGAGGCUACGGAUUUGUCAAAGUUCAUGCUCUACCGAACGAAAAUACUCGAGAGAAAGGGGACGCCGUAGCGGCAGUCAUGGGCCUCUUCAUUAAUGGAGAAGUAAUCCCCAGCGUGGGAUCUGAAAACGGAAUAACUCGACUUGUCCCGAAAAAUAGUCAAUUUCAACUGGUCUGCGGUUACAAGCUGGUCUUCCUGCCGCAUGACGAUUCAGACUGGAAGCGUCUAGUCAUCACAGCACAAGAUGUGGAUAUUGAUCAGUUUCUGUCUGAGACACAAAUCAAAAAUGACAUACCGAAAGACGAAUUUCUUUUCGAUCGUGAGUUCUACAUUGGGAGAAAUGUAGAACACAUACUCUCCGUGUGCAUGAUUCCCGUCGCUCAGCGUGAAGUUUCGAAGGGGGAGGAGGUCAUAGCACUGACAUGCGGCGACAUGUCUGGUCAUCGAGUUUGCGUGUCAGCGAGCUUGUAG